AUGCACGCGGCCCCCGCAGGACCACGGCAGCAUGCCCCUGUCGACGCACUCCUCCUCGCCGUCUUUCUCGCCCGCACUCGUGCCGCCGCCCUCCGAGGAACCGCGCUCGUCGUUUUCCAAGUCCGCGGCCUCCGCUUCGAGGGGCACCUCGGCGCCCUCACAUGGCCCCUCGACCUGCGGCAGCAGCGUCGCGCCGCCCUGCACAAGUUCGACGACGUCCUCAUCGAGUCCUGGCUGCUACCUUUGGUCUCUUGCUGCGUGCCCCACGUCACAACCUGCACGCCCUGGGCCGCCAAUUCAUCGUGA